GCUUAGCCGGCGAAGAGGGGAGUCUGACGACUCGGAAAUUUGAAUACCACAGUAGCAUGGAGUGUGACCUCAUGGAGCCUGACAUCUUGGAGUCGUUGGAAGAUCUAGGUUAUAAGGGUCCAUUGUUGGAGGAUGGUGCCCUGUCUCAGGCGGUCUCUGCUGGAGCCAGUUCCCCGGAGUUUACCAAACUCUGUGCUUGGCUGGUAUCAGAAUUAAGAGUGCUCUGUAAGCUAGAAGAAAAUGUGCAAGCAACUAACAGUCCAAAUUAAGCUGAAGAAUUCCAGCUUGAGGUGAGUGGGCUGCUAGGGGAGAUGAACUGUCCGUAUCUCUCACUGACAUCUGGGGAUGUGACCAAGCGCCUGCUCGUGCAGAAGAACUGCCUCCUCUUGCUCACAUACCUCAUCUCAGAACUAGAAGCUGCCAGAAUGCUCUGUGUGAAUGCUCCUCCAAAAAAAGCUCAAGAAGGAGGCGGUAGUGAGGUCUUUCAAGAGUUGAAAGGCAUAUGUAUUGCUCUAGGAAUGUCCAAACUUCCAGCCAAUAUAACUAUGUUCCAAUUCUUCAGCGGGAUUGAAAAAAAAUUAAAGGAAACAUUAGCGAAAGUACCACCCAAUCAUGUGGGAAAGCCUUUACUGAAGAAGUCAAUGGGACCGGCCCACUGGGAAAAGAUAGAAGCAGUUAACCAAGCCAUAGCCAAUGAAUAUGAAGUCCGGAGAAAGCUGCUAAUAAAACGUUUGGAUGUCACCGUACAGUCCUUCGGCUCUGACAGAGCUAAGAGUCAGACAGAAAAGUUAGCCAAGGCCUACCAGCCGAGGCUCUCAGUCUUAUCUCCCAAAAGCACUGUUUCCGUUGCUCAUCUCUUGGCUGCAAGACAAGACUUAUCAAAGAUCUUGAGGACAAGCAGCGGUUCUAUAAGAGAGAAGACGGCCUGUGCCAUCAAUAAGGUGUUGAUGGGCAGGGUGCCCGACAGAGGCGGUAGACCUAAUGAAAUCGAACCUCCACCCCCAGAGAUGCCGCCAUGGCAGAAAAGGCAAGAUGGGCCCCAGCAGCAAGCAGGAGGCUGAGGAGGAGGGAGAGGUGGCUAUGAACAUUCCUCAUAUGGAGGACGAGGAGGUCAUGAACAAGGAGGAGGGAGAGGCGGACGUGGUGGCUACGAUCAUGGUGGCCGAGGGGGAGGAAGAGGAAGUAAGCAUCAAGGAGGCUGGACAGAUGGAGGGAGUGGAGGAGGAGGUGGCCACCAAGAGGGCGGUUAUCGUGAUGCAGGUUUCCAGCCAGGUGGCUAUCAUGGUGGCCACAGUGGUGGCUAUCAAGGCGGUGGUUAUGGUGGCUUCCAAACAUCUUCAUACACAGGAAGUGGAUACCAGGGUGGUGGAUACCAGCAGGACAAUAGAUACCAAGAUGGUGGGCAUCAUGGUGAUCGGGGCGGUGGUCGUGGUGGGAGAGGUGGCCGUGGAGGUCGGGGUGGUCGUGGAGGCCAGGGAGGAGGGUGGAGUGGAAGGGGAGGCCAGACUUACCACCAGGGAGGUCAGUUUGAACAGCAUUUCCAGCAUGGAGGCUAUCAGUAUAAUCAUUCUGGAUUUGGACAGGGAAGACAUUAUACUAGUUGAGGCUACAGAACCUUACAUUUUGCUAGAGCUCAAGUAAUAGAAACUUCGUUUCAGAAUCCUGAUUCCAGCCUCAGUUUGAUUUAUGUAUGACCACAGGUGGCAGACAGACUGCUGCUUGGCAUAAGCGUCUGGAGGUCUUCCAUCAUUUUAUUUUUUAUGGAGUUACAAGAUGCAGUUUAUUUGAAAAGUACAUACAACAUCUCUACUUUAUAUGAAAAAAUUAAAAGGUAAUUAAAAUUGCCUUUAAUUGACCAGUAGACUAAUUCCACAGUCAGAACAUGCACAUUU